AUGCUCCUAAAACCGCUAUUACAUUCUGGUAAUGAACAGGAACCCUCUCUUAAAAAUGGCGGAUGCCUCAUGUCCAGCAGACAGCAGCAGAGAGCUUACCUGCAAACUCAAGCAGCUCUUCACGGACUUCUUGGACAUGUUGGACUGAUGUCUGCGACAGCUUGUCAGACGGGGGAGGAGUGCACGACUUCCCCAGAGCUCACUGUCAGCUCCAGUCAGAGAGCGGACCUACGAAAGGCGGCAGCUUAA